GACACGAUAUGCCAGUUCUGUCGUGAUAGCCAUUCGCUGUGCUUAGAACUGCUGAUUUUCAUCAAUUUUCAACCGGACUGUCGAUCAGCUAGAACAAUGGAGGUAGCAGUUAUAGUUGCCUUCGCGUUCCUCAGCAUGUUUACAUUAUGCGAGGAAACGUACGCUUUUCCCGACGAGACAAAAGUCGACACCACUAUGAAGGAUGUAAAGGAACCUAAAGAUAUCAAAGAAGCUGCGACCGCGUCGAAAGACGUAAAGGACGCUAUCAAAGCGGCCAAGGAAGCAAAGAAGAAUAAGAAGGAUUGCGCGCGAGAUUGCGGGACUGAUUAUGAUCCUGUUUGUGCUCACGAUCCUGUCGACUCCAGCUUUAAGCCGAGAACUUUUGGAACGCAGUGCGCUCUGGAUAUUCACAAUUGCGAAAUGGGCACAAAAUUGACUAUGAAGAGCAAAGGAGAGUGUCCUGGAUCCGGCGGAGUAAGACUGUCCUAAACAAUCACUCGAUCUUGGAAAAGCGUUAAGAACCGCGGAGUAAAAUACUAACCGUCGAAUGAACUAUUAGAUUAUUAUCGUAAAUUUAUUUAGUUUGAGUAAACGAAUCUUAACAUGUAACAAUGUAACUCUAAUGAUGAGAGAAUAGAGAUGGUGGUACGCAAGUAAGCUGGAUAUAAAUUCCGCGACAAAAUUAGCAACAAAAUUGAUUACUAAACUAAACGCUAUGUACGAUUAUACAAUGUAAAAUGUAUCUAUCUAAUAAAUAUUAAUGAUGAGCAACAA